GCGAUCCUUUGGAAGGUGCCCAGUAGAUAAUGUCUUUUCGUGGAGGAGGAAGAGGAGGUGGUUUCAGUCGUGGAGGAGGUGGUGACAGAGGUGGCUUUAAUCGUGGAGGACGCGGUGGCUUUGGACGAGGAGGAGGUGGACGAGGAGGCUUCAACAGAGGCGGAUAUGACCAGGGCCCUCCAGAAAGGGUAGUCUUAUUGGGAGAGUUCAUGCAUCCAUGUGAAGAUGACAUUGUUUGUAAAUGUAAGACAGAAGAAAACAGGGUGCCUUAUUUCAACGCACCAGUGUACUUGGAUAAUAAGGAGCAGAUUGGCAAAGUAGAUGAAAUCUUCGGACAGCUGAGAGAUUUUUAUUUUUCAGUGAAACUGUCUGAGAAUAUGAAAGCCUCUUCAUUUAAAAAAUUGCAAAAGUUUUACAUUGAUCCUGCAAAGCUGCUACCCCUACAGAGAUUUUUGCCAAGGCCUCCUGGAGAAAAAGGUCCUCCUAGAGGAGGUGGUAGAGGAGGACGUGGUGGUGGACGUGGAGGAGGAAGAGGUGGUGGUAGAGGUGGAGGAGGCUUCGGAGGAGGAAGAGGUUCUCUAAAUACACAUCUGUGA